CUGGUCUGUGAGUUAGAAAUAGCCUAUGUCGCUGGAUUUUGGUAAGAUAAGAGUUAAUAGCCCGAAGCCUCCAAGAAUUGAUGCAGAGAGAGUCGACAUUUUAAUAACGAUCUCCUGGCCUUCCUUUCCGAGCCUGCACGUAUCUGUGUUAUGGUAUAUGCUACCGUGUCUAUAUUAAUGAAAAUAAGGUAUUUUAAAACCAGCUGUGGCUUUUUAUCAAUUGACAUAUCUUGACCACCUAUCCUUACCUCUAAACAGCUGCCACCGUUGCCUGACAGCUGCCUACAAUCUAGGACAGGAAGGCGUGAGUGAAAUCGAAUCUGUGUUAUCGCGGUUGUGUGUCUGCGGGGUGGCGGGGCAGCAGGCACAGACUUCUAGUCUCCCACGGACAUAGGCAUUUUAGAACAAAUACGUGAACAUUGCCACUUUGGACGACAGGGGCUCUCCUCCUUUCUAGAACAUCCAGCGUGGCAAGUACUGUAACCUCAGAUGCCAGCCCUCCGUGGGGGAACUUGGAUCCUAACUAAAGUUAGAAAAACAGUGCUACUGGAUUCGAUCUGGUCCCUGGAUGCACCGUCACCAAUCAGACCAUCCCCAAGCUGCCAUUUAAAGGGUUCAGAGGAAUCCUCGGCUACCUCCUUUGCCCUUUUCUUGCUGGAUGGAACAGGAAGAUCAUCAGGGUAUGCAUGAACACGAGAAUUCCGAAGACAGAGGUAUGGGUUCUGACUUUGAGAAUUCUGAGGACAGAGAAGGGGACCCAGAAGAAAGACGAAUGGGCUCCAAUCCACAGGACACAGAAGAGAGGGGCCUCCUGGAGCAGGAGAUGAAGUCCAACCCACAGGAUGAUGAUCUAAGAGGGGACUCCCACGAGCGGGAAAUAGUGUCCACUGUCUGUCCAGAGGGGCUGCUGAGUGAGGAAGAAGGGGCUGUCCUCCGUGAGGAAGAGGACGGCCAGCCUGGAGUGCCUGACAUGAUACUGUUCCCAGGCCUGUCAGAAUCUGACAGUAUAUCUCGGAGUCCCCAGGGAGAGGAAGAGGAGGAGGAGGAGGAAGAGGAGGAAAGCGCUGGGGAGAACCGGUUGAUGGAGGAAGAUGAGCAGUUGCCUUCUCCAGUGCUUCCCUGGAGGCGUCACCUCUCCCUGGGGGGUCGACACCGUGGUGACAAACCUGCCCACCGCCGUUUCCACCGGCUCCAUCACCCCAUGGCCAUGGACCUCGGGGAACUCGACAGCCUGAUGGCCACCAUCAUGGACGCGCCCACCAUCUGCCCAGACUGCGGGGAAAGCUUCAGCCCGGGCGCCGCCUUCCUGCAGCACCAACGCAUCCACCGCCUGGCAGAGGCUGCAGCGGUGGCCAGCCUGGAGCCCUUUGGCUUGGCGGCCGAGUGCGGUGGAGUGGUGGGGAUGAUGGGCAUGGGCGUGGCCGGCGACUUCGGGACCGGGUCCGCGCUGGCCCGGCCGCCCCGCGAGAAGCCCUUCCGCUGCGGCGAGUGCGGCAAAGGCUUCAGCCGCAACACCUACCUGACCAACCACCUGCGGCUGCACACGGGCGAGCGUCCCAACCUGUGCGCCGACUGCGGCAAGAGCUUCAGCUGGCGGGCCGACCUGCUCAAGCACCGGCGCCUGCACACGGGUGAGAAGCCCUACCCGUGCCCGGAGUGCGGCGAAGCCUUCAGCCUGAGCUCGCACUUGCUCAGCCACCGGCGGGCGCACGCUGCUGCCAGCGGGGCGGGCUCGGCGGCGGCGCUGCGGCCCUUCGCGUGCGGCGAGUGCGGCAAGGGCUUCGUGCGCCGCUCGCACCUCGCCAACCACCAGCGCAUCCACACGGGCGAGAAGCCACACGGCUGCGGCGAGUGCGGCAAGCGCUUCAGCUGGCGCUCGGACCUGGUGAAGCACCAGCGCGUGCACACGGGCGAGAAGCCCUACAUGUGCUCCGAGUGCGGCGAGACCUUCAGCGUGAGCUCUCACCUCUUCACGCACAAGCGCACGCACUCGGGCGAGCGGCCCUACGUGUGCCGCGAGUGCGGCAAGGGCUUCGGUCGCAACUCGCACCUCGUCAACCACCUGCGUGUGCACACCGGCGAGAAGCCCUUCCGCUGCGGUCAGUGCGAGAAGCGCUUCAGCGACUUCUCCACGCUCACGCAGCACCAGCGCACGCACACGGGAGAGAAGCCCUACACGUGCAUCGAGUGCGGCAAGAGCUUCAUCCAGAGCUCCCAUCUCAUCCGCCACCGGCGCAUCCACACCGGCAACAAGCCUCACAAGUGCGCGGGCUGCGGCAAGGGCUUCCGCUACAAGACGCACCUUGCACAGCACCAGAAGUUGCAUUUGUGCUAGGCCGGGGGUCCCAACGAGUCCCAACUCUGGGAGUAGAAGGCUUGGUUACUAAUCCUGCAGAUGUGGGGGAAGGAGCGGGAGGGAUAGCCUAAGAGUGUCUGGGGGAGGCCUUUAAGGUUUGUCUCCUCCCCCCGGGAAUGGUUAAUAAGAGUUGUCAUUUCGAGGUGCCUACCUCCUCCAUCGAAGUAACUCUUAGGAGAUGUGCUUGAGUUUAUGGCUUACUUAAAUACUCACUGUAAGGAGUGAAAAGGCUUGGGUGAACGGACGCUUGGAGGAUCCCCGAGGAAGGGGAUUUGGGACUGGGUAGAGAGGGUUGGACUGCCCUGUUUAUGGGAACCGGGAGAGGUGAUUGGUUUAGUUAUGGGGGUACAAUAAUAUGCGGGUAGGAAUAA